AUGCAGAAGGGGAUAGAGCUGGCCAAGGAGGCGGUGGAGGAGGACAACAAGCAGAACUGGGCGGCGGCGCUGGAGCUGUACAAGCGCGCGCUGGAGUACUUCAGCACCCACCUGAAGUACGACAAGAACCCAAAGUCACGGGAGAUGAUUUCAAACAAGUUCAAGGAGUACCUUGACCGGGCGGAGUACAUCAAGGGAAUCCUGGAUGGGCGGCAACCGGCGGAGGAGGCGUCGGGGCAGAACGGCGCGGCAGCAGCAAAGGGGCCACGCCCCGGCGGCGGCGGCGGCGGCGGCGGCGGCGAUGGCAAGCAGGACGAGCUGGACAAGAUGAAGAGCAGCCUGGGCAACGCCAUCCUGGAGGAGAAGCCCAAUGUGAAGUGGGACGACGUGGCGGGGCUGGAGGGCGCCAAGGAUGCGCUCAAGGAGGCCGUCAUCCUGCCCGUCAAGUUCCCGCAGUUCUUCACCGGCAAGCGCAAGCCGUGGAGCGGCAUCCUGCUGUACGGCCCCCCCGGCACCGGCAAGUCGUACCUGGCCAAGGCGGUGGCCACCGAGGCCGACUCCACCUUCUUCUCCGUCUCCUCCUCAGACCUGGUGUCCAAGUGGCUGGGAGAGAGCGAGAAGCUGGUCAGCAGCCUGUUUGCGCUGGCCAGGGAAAAGUCGCCAGCCAUCAUCUUCAUCGACGAGGCGCGUGCCUGCUGUCGGGCUGGCUGGCUGGCUGGCUGGGGGCUGGUGGGGGCAGGUGGCACGCUGAUCGACGCGCUGUGCAGCACGCGCGGCGAGGGGGAGAGCGAGGCGGCGCGGCGCAUCAAGACGGAGUUCCUGGUGCAGAUGCAGGGCGUGGGGCACGGCAGCGACGAGAGGCGGGCGCCCGCCCGCGCCUCCAUGUUCAAGAUCCACCUGGGGGACACGCCCAACUUCCUCACGCAGGCCGAGUUUGACGAGCUGGGGCGGCGCACAGAGGGGUUCUCGGGGUCUGACGUGGCGGUGGUGGUCAAGGAUGUGCUCAUGCAGCCCGUGCGCAAGACGCAGGACGCUACUCACUUCCGGCGAGGCAAGGACCCCGAGACAGGGAAGGACAUCCUGGAGCCCUGCUCGCCAGGGGAUGCAGGCGCCUUUGAGGCCACGCUGCAGUCGCUAGCGGACAAGGGCAUGGCGCAGCUGGUGCACCCGCCCAAGAUCACGUUCCGCGACUUUGAGAAGGUGCUGCUGCGGGCGCGGCCCACCGUGUCGCAGGCAGACCUGGAGACAUACACCAAGUUCACGUCAGAGUUCGGAGAGGAGGGAUGA